AUGGCUGAGUACUUUGGUGCCAUUGGUGCACUGUAUAUCAUGGCACACGUUGCGCUUAUGUCAUGUACGUCACACGGGCACACUGCGCGUCGGCCACUUUUCGUCCUUGCUCCGUAUUGUGAAUCGCAAAGCUCCGCGGCGGGCCGCCUCCAUGGCGAUUCGUCUGGCCGCGAUGUUGCACGGGACGUGUUCCACCGAGAGCGUUUGUUCCAUGCCUCGCCCUUAGCGGUUGAUCCGCUGGAGGGCAUGCCGGGCCUCGGGCUGGACGCGGGCUAUGGGUCUGACUAUGAGUCGGACGUCGGUGAUGCGGAAGACGUGGGUGAAGCUGACGUUGCUGAGGUCAUGAAACUAAUAAACGACGCGAAGCAGGGCAAGCUUGGCCCCACCUGGAAAAGGGAGAUGCUGGCUGCAGAGGAGCUCUACUUACGGCGUCGUGCCGCAUUACGGAGCCUGGGCGGAACAGCGGAUUCCGACGAUAAACCCAACGUCACUGAGUUGCUGAACGAGCACAAUGAGGUGCUUGAUGCGCACUUAAGCGCUAUGUUCGACCUGUCCGAGCUGCGUCACCCUACAGAGGAGGUCAGUCGCAACCUGGAUGAGAUGCAACGGGAGGACGAGCGCACCAUUGCCGACAACGCAAGAGGCCCAUCCACGCAGGAUGCCAGCGACGCGCAUUAUCUGAGCAGCGCCCAUGACGGCAAGCUAUCUCCUGAGGACCUUCGAGACCUGAUGGCUGGCUUUUACCGCGAGAAGGGGUUUCUGAACGAGCCCGUUGUCUUCACUCCCGUGCCACCGUUUGAAGUUCGGUGGCGCCAAAACAGUCGUUGUUUCGACCUCUGGUUCCCGUGCAUCUCGCCCACGGACAGCGAGGACGACUAUGCCGUUCGGUUCAUGCCACAGGAGCUUACCAUCGCGUACAACGGCAAGGCUGUGUCUCGUGCAUUGCGCGGCAAGGUCGAUGUGGAUGGCUGCUUUUGGUCGCUGGAGGAGAUGUCGGGACACGGGAAAGUGGUGAGUAUCGUGCUUCUGAAGAGCGCUCCCCGCCAUUCGGGAACGUGGGAACACCUGUUCAGCGGCACACGUCCCUCACAGACCCCAGCCUGA